ACAGUUCUUUCAAUAAUGACAUUGACAUUCUAAAAUUUUUCAAAUGUCACAACAAUACGAUUUAGGAGUUCAUACAGACUUUUAAAAACAAAAUACACGUUUAUGAGACUUUCCUAAAUAUUAAACCUGUUAACCAACCAAUCGUUUUAUAUCAUAAAAGGCCUUUUAAACGUUUAACAUUAAAAUGAACAUCGAAACGAUUGUAAGCUCACGGCAGGACAGAGAAUUAUUGAAAACAAUAAUCACACCCGGCGAUUAUUCCAUAGUUCCAUACGAAGAUUCUCGAUGUAAAAUUAAAGUGAGCGAUGUUAAAUGUACAAAUGAGGACGGCCCAUGUACAAUAGAACCAGAGAGCGUUGUGUUCAGUUCCGAUUUCGAUGGGACCGUCAUAAUCGGGGACACCGAUUUCUUUUUAGACAAGGAUAUUGAACUGAUUUUACAGCAGAUGUGUUGUGGCGAGACCUGUAUCGCUAAUAUGGUGUAUAAAGAUAAAAAUGGCGAGCUUGUUAAAGAAAUUACUUGUCAAAUUCAUUUAUCAGAGGUAACAGAAGAGCAACUGAUCAGUGAUUGGAGCUGGAACAGGUUGUACGAGUCCGCUUUACAUCAUAAGGAGAAAGGUGUGGCAUUAGUGAGGGAGGGAAGGUUUCCAGAUGCGUUCCGAAGGUUUAGCAAAGGUUUGAAGAUGAUUAUAGCUAUUGAACCUAUUGAUGAAAAGGUUAUUGAUGACGACCAAGUAAGGGAACUGAUUGACGUUAAGGUAAAGCUCUUCAACAAUUUAGCGUUCUGCCAACUGAAGUUUGACGAGUUUGAAGCAGCAAAACAAUUGUGUGAUAGAGCGUUACAGCACGAUCCUGAUAACUUGAAGUCUAGAUACAGGCGAUGCGUGGCUCACACAGGUCUUAAGAUGUACGAAGAAGCCUGGGAGGACAUACAGUUUGUAUUAGCGGUUAAUCCUGAUGAUGUUGACGCACAAGCAAGGGCCGAUCAUCUCAGCCCGAUAAUUGAUAGAAUUACAAGUAACUAUAACAAUAUGGUAAGGAGAAUGUUUAGAAUGUAAUCUGUAAAGAUCAUAGCAUUAAGCUCCAGUUAUAAGACACAAUGGAUGUGGCUUUUUAUUACGACUGGGAUUGUAAUUAUGAUACAGUGUGUAUACUAUUCU